AUGGUGAAAACAGUUGAUGGCUUACAUUGUAGAGAUGUUCAACAACAUGGAAUUGUAUUACCUAAGUCUGAGUUUGUUUUGGCAAAGUUGAGCGACGAAAAAGCAUUGGGUAUUGGAGGAAAAUAUGAAAAUCAACAGGCAAUUUCUCCUCUUGAUAUGUUUUUUAUGGCAUCUAAACAGGGGAAUUUGGAUUUGAUUGAACAUAUGUGUAAAUCAGGGGAAAUUAUGCCGAAUGUGUUAGAUGAUCAGGGUGUAACAGCACUUCACUGGGCUUCGAUUAAUGAUCAUGUGGAUGUUGUGCGAUAUCUUGUAUUGAAUGGUGUGGAUGUAAAUGCACAGGAUGGUGAAUUUCAUGCAACUCCUUUGCACUGGGCAGCAAAGAAUGGAAAUUUGUAUACAGUUCAUAUGUUGCUUCAUCAUGGGGCAUGUUUGCAUUUUACAGAUGUGCAGGGGUUUACAGCGCUUCAUUUGGCAACUCAUUGCUCAAGUGUGAUGCUUGUUCUCUAUCUUCUUCAUCAAAAUAUUCAAGUUGAUUGUUUAGAUGAUAAUGAUCGUACACCGCUUAUAUGGGCUGCGUAUAAUGGGGAUGAAUUAAUUGUUGAUAUGCUUCUCCGCUGGGGUGCUGACGUUAAAUUGCAAGAUAAGCAAGGAAUGACUGCUCUUCAUUGGGCGAUUGUAAAAGGUAAUAAAGUGUGUAUUAAAAGAUUAGUUGAAGCUGGCUCAGAUGUGUUUGCAAAAGAAUAUAAUGGUAAAACGCCCGAAAGAAUAGCGAAAGAAAUGAAUUGUUAUGGGCUUUGGAAAAGGGCAUUGUAUGAGGCUGGAAGAGAUGCUUCUGGAAAUCUAAGAAGACGAUUAUUAACUUCUAAAAGUUCUAAUAUGGUUUUAUUUUUUGGACCGUUUUUUGUUAUUGGUUUUUUAAUAUGGAUCCUGACAGCGGUAUAUAUAUAUAUAUCCAUAUUUCUGGUGUUAUUACUUUCGAUGGCUUUUCAUCAGUUUUUUGUUAAAAUUAUUUCAAUAGAAUCAGAUCCUCUUUUUGUUAUUCAUAAAACAAAAUAUCUUAGUGGUAUAUUUUUCGGAACAUUAGCUUGGGUUAUUCUUCGAUGGAUAUUUGUUUUACUUCCAACUACUUGGGAGCUUGGUUUUUUUCUUAAUAUUUUACUUUUUAUUGUUUCUUCUGUUUCUAUUGUUUGUUUUUUUUAUACUGUGUUUUCAAAUCCAGGAUAUAUACCUAAACCACAAGGAAUUGAAGAACAAAGGGAAAUUAUAGAGCAUUUGGUUAAAGAAAAAUUGUUUAUGAUAGAGAAUUAUUGUAUUUUUUGUUAUUUACGAAGACCGUUAAGAAGUAGACAUUGUAAAUUAUGUUCAAGAUGUGUAGCGCGUUUUGAUCAUCAUUGUCCUUGGGCUGGGAAUUGUAUAGGUUUAAAGAAUCAUAAAUCAUUUAUCAUUUAUAUUGUGAUGUUGCAAAUAGGGAUUGUUCUUUUCAUUCGUUUAUUGUUCAUUCAUUACGGUGUUUUGAGUAUUUCUGGAUUGCCUAAAGGAUGCUUCGUUUCGUCAGAGCUGCUUUGUAAACCUUUUUUACUAGAUUCUUUUACAACUAUAUUAGCAUUAUGGGUUAUUUUACAGUUUGUCUGGGUUAUGUUACUUCUGGCUGUUCAAUUUUUUCAAAUUUCGUUAUCUAUAACUACAAAUGAGGCAAGAAAUUUGUAUAAGUAUGGUUUUAUGAAUGAAGUGGAACAUAAUUUUCGCAAUGGAAGUGUAGCUAGUAGGUUAGAGACUACUUUGAAUAAUCAAUGUUCACAUUAUCAUUAUUUUCGUAAAAAAAAAAAUAUUUUUUGGACACUAUUAAAAUUUCUGGGUGUUUAUCAUUUUUUAAAAAUAGCAAAUAUUUUUGCAUUGAGGUUUACACUAGUUUCAAAUAGAGUCAAAAAUCCUUUUAAUAACGGUGUUUUGUCAAAUUGUAGGGAUUUUUGGUGUACAGGGGUAGGAAAAAAUAAUGGAUUAGGUGUUAUUAAUACAACGAAACAAUCCUAUAAUGAUGGCUUUGGCUAUAUUAAAGGUCAUUUAGUCAAUUAUUAUUAUUUAUACGAUUUUUUUCCGUUUCAUGAGGAUUUGAAUAAGGGUUGUCGAGAUGUCUUGUUGGAUGAGAUUUAG